AUGCUCGGGCAACGCAAUUCUGCUCCGCAGCCUGCUUUGCUUCGUUCAAAUCCGGGUUUUUUCCAGAAGCAUCUUCGCUUUGUAACCAUGGGGAGGCCUGACCUGGACGCCAUGACCAUUGAGGAGCUGAAGGCCUAUCUGGAGUCCCUCCGCCAGAAGCGUCGCCAACAAGAGCAGAAGCAGCGGCAGAUCUUCCAGCGUGUUCUGCAAUCCUGGGUUAGCGACGCGGCGGACUAUUGGACGUGGGGAUGGUACAGCUUCUGCUGCGCUCCGGCAGAUCAUGUGCGCGAUGAUGACGUGGUGGUUUAG